GAUCAUCUAUCCGAACCAGGUCUGGCUGAACCGGGGCAACCAUGAAGACCGACAGCAGAAUUUGCGAACUUCGAAGAUAGGAAGUGACAAUUUCAAGCACGUGCAAGAUGCAACGCUGGUGAUGCUUUGCACUGCCGUCAUGAUGGCCAAACAGCUCGAGAAUGAGAUGGUGAAUGCGGGCGUUGCAGUGCUGGUUGUAGACCCGAACACGGACGACAACGAGAGUGCGGCUAUUUACAAUCGGCUUCGUCAGUCCAUUCCAUCCAAUGGCAGCUCGAUCGGCUUGGAUUGUGAAGGCACUGAUGGCCACAAAGGGCACUUGGGACCUUUGAUGGUGCAGGUGGCUUCGCCAACCGUUGCUGUGGUCGAGGUGCCCAUGGCUCCUGGAAAAUAUUCCCGGCAGCUGCGGGAGCUUUUGGCAGACGAAGGCAUCCAGAAGAUCGUUUGCCAAGGGAAGGACGACAUCUUGUCGCUGGGAAGAUGCCUCCCUUCCAUGGAAGUGCUUGGCCCAGUGGUAGAUCUCCAGGACAUCACCAGGCUCCCUGCGACUCCAACUCCGGGUCUUGCGGCCAUCUUGAGUGAAGGUGAUCCUCAACGCGUGGCUUGGAGCAAACAAAGCAUAAAGAAGAAAGGUUGGUGGAGGCUGGAAACCAGCGAGGACAUGCUCGAGGAGCCAGGAUUUGUGUCCUAUGCCGCCGCAGAUGCCUGGGGAACUCUUCUUGCAUAUGAACAGUUGACAGGGCAGGCACCUUCAAAAACGAGCCCGCUGUGGAAUGUCAUAGGAUCUUGUCUCUUCGCAAUAUGGCGCGUGCUGGAAGCCGCUGAAGCCUUGAAGCGCCAACAGAAAACACCGUUUCAAAUAGGUAUGGAAGCACUGGGCGUGGACCAGGGCCGAAGAAUAUUCGACAGUUUCCAGGGCCUUUUCGAAUGGUGCCCUGGCGUGAAACUGUCCGAUGUUCUGUUGUUGAUGUUGGAAAGUGUUUGGGGUUUGGGCUAG